UUUCAUCUAGCUUGGCCUUGAACAUAUUGUCAAAAUUUAGCAGUUAUUGCCCCUCCAAGAGCUCCCAAAGAGAAUGAUCGGUGGCAGUUCGAGAAAUUACUGGGUGUUUUGGCCGCCUGCCCUUCAGCUGCUCAACUUUCCUUCGCAGCAGCAGCAGGAGCAGGUCCCCCGUCCGGCGGUUCACUUUGAGUAUCCUCCGAGUCACCAGCUCCGCAUAGCACCCCAUCGCUUGAGGGCACCACGGGCUGUUCCCGAUGGCGAUGCCCCCAGUUCCCAGGAUACCGGAAAUGGGCCCAAGCCGGAAGUGAUUUUCAUGCGGCGCUGCUACAUGAUGGCCGGCCUAUUCUCAGUCACCACCGCGAUCAUGGCAAUGAUCCUGUCGAAGGCCCUUCCUUUAGAAGCCGAUCUCGUGCUGCCCGGCUUUAUUUGCGGAGUGGUGUCCCUUUUCGUACUGCAUGUUCGUGAGUCUUGCUGGCGUGAGCAUGAUCCUGGUUCUCCUGGAACGCAACCUAGUGGUCGUGUGCCUCGCCCUUCUGGCUGCCUCCGCCGUGAUUGUGAUCUGCUAUUUUGCUGGAGCCUGGCUGCCCAGGAUCGUUCUCCCAGGCGAGGCAGCCAUAUUGCUCCUGGUCUUCGUCUUCGUGGUGGCCUCCAUCUUCGUGCUGAUCAUGUUUGUCUUCACGAACAGGAGGAUCUACCAACUGUUGUACUUCAUCUUUUUGGCCAUUAUGGUGAUUCCCACAGCUCUGUACCAUGCUCAGGUGGUUCACGGCAGGCGGUUCAAGCUUCCCGUCUACGAGUUCGUUAUUUGCGCCGUCACAGUCUAUCUGCACUUUCUGUUGUCCUUCACAGCCUUUUACUACCUCAUCUGGACACCCAGGUGGUGAGCAUUUCUGGACCUAUGGUUUCUUCAGGUGGCUGGACACUAUCACAACGGCUGGAGCUUAAAUGUGGAAAUUCGGAUGGGAUUUGAACAAGUCUUCCAGCUCAAUUUAAACGAAACUGCACAUAUAGGAAAAAUGUUCCAUUAUAAAAGAUGGGGAAGGGAGCAGCUUUGCCGAGA